CUCAAAAGUUACUAAAUAUAUAGGCUUAAAAUUUUGUCAACACCUACAUUCCAAACAUAUUAUUACACAUAUUUUUGAAACACAAAAAUCAAAACAAGAAAUAGUAAGAAAUUUGGAUACGAGCAUGAGGCCAAGAAGUACUGGGAUUUCCGGAGCUGACCGUCCACAACAGCAACCUGCUCAGACUUUCAAACCCAAAUCAGAAUGGAAGCAUGAAGAAGCAGCAAGUUUUUUAUUUGUUUAUCUUCCUGGAUUUACAAUGGACCAAUUAACAGUAACACCUGACUAUUCCAACCGAACAGUAAAGGUUGAAGGCAGUCGUCGGCUUCCAAAUAGCAGAUUAUUGCCUGUAGACGAAACUGCCAAUAUUCCUGAAGAAUUUGACUUGCCUAAAAUGGACAUACAAUUUGGACGAGGCGUUCUUAUGCUUAAAUUUCCGAGGAAUAUUGUUCUCCCUCAACAACAAACUACGGAUGAAACAAUGGAGGAGGCCCCCAAGCCUCAAGAAACAGUAGUUGACUCGAUGACUCGACAGGAUGAAUGGACUGAUCAUUCGACCAAAACAUCUACGACUGUUCUCCAGAAACAAACCCUAGAUACAGCAGUAGUCGUUCCUCCGGUAGCAACUACCGUUGACGAAAAGAGUGCUAUGACAGCUUCUAAAAGUGACGAAGAAGAGUUGGUUGAAAGGAAAGUCGAGAAAGAUGACAAUUGGAAACCAGCUAAAGAAAGCCGUGAGAAUGUUGUGCAGAAUGAUUGGGUGAAUGAAGAGGGAAGUAAAGAACAAAGCAAGAAAUCAACCAUGCCUUCAGCAACGGCUGUUGGUAAGGUUGAAGAGAAGAAAAAGGAAAAGAAUCUGAAAUCGGCCAAUGAUUCUGCUGAUGCAAAAGCAAAGCAAUCAGGAAAGGAAAAUAUAAAUGCCGAAGGCAUGAAGGAACCGAAUGAAGAUAGGAAAUUGAUAAUCAAUAUUGGCGCAGCAGUCCUGAUCAUAAUGGGACUAGGAGUUUCUCUAUUUUAUACCUUAGGUAAUAAACUAGGUAUCUAGAUCUUUGGAAUCAAAAUGCACUGUCAUACUUCAUGUUAACCAUGUGGUGCAAGACACUUGGAGCUCUCUAUUGCAAUACAAGUCAUAUUUUAGAUAGUCUGAAAAUUAUUAAUUCACUACUGGUAAAAUAAGGUUUUGGCUAUCUAAACAUUUACUGUUUAAUAAUUGGUACAUGCAUGAUGAAUAGAACUGAUAUAUACAAUGACAUGAUAUAAAAAUGGUAUUAAAAAAAUAACAAUUUAAAAAGUUUAGCAAAAAAUGAUAUAUGAAUUUAACGAAAACCAAAAAAUAUAUUUUUUGUUUGACAUGUUGACAAGAAAUGUAAUGCAACAAUAUUCAUAUUUUAUGUGUUAGAUACGAAAUAAAUAAAGAUACACAAAUGACCAGGCUUAAUUGACGGACGAUGAAAGUAUAACGAUCUAUUACCAUAUAUAAGUUGAAAUUUAAAUCCAUACUUGUAAAAAGCUUUUUAUAAGAUAAAACCAUGAAACUUUCGGUUCAAAACAGACAAUACCUUACAAGUUGAAUGUAAAUUUUCACAAAUACUAUUAGAGCGAAGUGGAACAAAACCUAAAUGCUACAUCAAAAUAACUAAGUACUACAUGUGAAAACCACCUCUAAAACCCCAACAUCCGAUGUGAUCUUAAUUUUGUGUUUUAUAUGUUAAAGCCAACUCUAAAAUCCAACAUCCGAUGUGAUCUUAGUUCUGUGUUUUAUGUGUUUUGGGUUGAAUUUGACAAAAACAUCAAACUUUAAUGAGGAGAGCUUUUGACAUCCCAAUUGAAUGCAAAUCUUCAUAAAUGAUAUCAAAAUAAAUCCUCAAAAUCUCCCGAUAUCAUAUUAGAAUAAAAUAAUGCUCCUCUACCUUGAUAGAGAACCAUGAUAUUGAGUGACCUCUACUAGAAAAAAGCCUUAAGCUAUUAAACUCAACUAAUUAAGCAGUUAAACAAUAACGAGAAGCCUAGUUAGGGAGGAAAAUAGAGACAACACUUCUAAUAUACAUGCUAAUGAUUGCUUCAAACUUUCAAGACUAACCUAAAAUGGUAGUCAUAAUUCAAAAAACAUAUCCGAAGACCAAGAUGCGCUAUUGAUAAUAUGAAAAUUUAAUCUUCAUUAUUACUUGAUUAAUUGACUUUGUUUAUUUUAAUUAAGCCUCUUUUUUUUAGAAUAAAAAGUAAUUUAAGUAAUUACACCAAAUCCAUUAGAUAUUUUUCUAUCAUGUAUAGAAAGUAAAUUACUCAUUUGAUUAGCUAUUUUUUAUGCAUGAAAAUCUCAGAUUUUAAGGCUGAGAAUAUUCAAUCUGCUUAUAUAUUUUCAUGCAAUUCUAGCAUUGUAAUAAAAAAAAUAUAAAAGAAUAAAAUAAAUUUAUUCUAGAGAUUUCUUCAUGGUAUCAAAGCACGAACUGAACUUUUAAAAUUUUAUGCUCGAAGUCGAGCAUGGCCAACGGAAAGGAGAGCCCGACGUCGAAGGUUACCUCUAACUUCGAAGCUAGCGUUUUUCAAUCACUAUAAAACCUUACCACUUUUAUUCGAAUAGGUUCUUUAGCACAAAAAGGUAAUUUUCUAAGUGUCUUGAGUAUAAAACUAGAAAAAUCAAAUUCAUGGAUUGUUGAUUCAAGAGCUUCAAACCAUAUGAUUGAGGCUGCAUUUGUAUUUAAUAAAUACAACUCAAAUCAUAAAAACUUCAUAGUUCGAAUUGCUAAUGGGUUACUUUCAAAAGUAACCGAUACAAAUUCUAUUUUUAUUUCCAAAAAGACAACACUUGAUUUUUUUUUUAUCCCAAAUCUAAGUUACAAUCUACUCUUUAAGGAAACUUACAAGAAACCUUAAGUGUAUUACUAAAUUUCUUUCAAAUAUGUAUGAAUUUCAAGAUUUAGACUCGAGAAAAAUCAUUGGCAAUGCUAAGAUGUGUGCAAAACUCUGUAUCCUAAGAGCAAUACCUCUUGUGUGACUUUAUCCUCUAAUAAUAAUAAAGAUGGUACUAUCGUGUUGUGGCAUUAUCGGUUAGCUCAUCCAAAUUUUUUGUACCUUAAAAGAUUGUUUCCCUCAUUAUUUAAUAAAAAUCCUAAUAACUUUCAGUGUAAAGUCUGUCAACUAUCCAAAUAUACCCGCAUCACAUAUCCUAAUCAGCCUUACAAAUUAUCUCAUCCUU